AUGAUCAUCACUCGCGCUCUGUCCAUCACCAACUUCGUUGUCGCCAGCUCCGCGCUGAGCUUCCAGGUGGGUGUGCUAUACCCAUGGCACAAGCAGCUGGACGAAGACUUUGAAGCACUUAAGAGGGAGCAUCUCAGAGUGCUAACAGCAGUCGAGGGCAAGAUCGAGCGAACACAGGAUACCGCGACCCUUGAGGAGAACCGUCAGGGCAUUCGCAGCAUGCUCGGAAACCUGGUCGCGUGGAAGGCCUGA